AUGAAUGUAUUCUUUAUGUUUAUGUCUUUAUUGAAGUUUUUAUUUUUUUUAUAGAGUCAAUUUUAAUUCUACUGUAAUAUACAUUAUAAUUAUUUUUAUUUACAUGUUUAUAAUAUACUCUUUUCAUUGAUAAAAUUUGAAAGAAUUGAAUUUAAAAGAGUUAUAUUUGCUUUGUUAUAUAUGUUUUUGAAAUCAAAUGUAUUGUAUAUUAUAUUAUUAAAUUUAUCUUGUGAAAUAUACAUUUUUCUAUACCAUAAUAUGAUUCAAAAUAUGAAUGCAUAAUUCAUGUAUAUUUAUGUAUAUUAUUAAUAUUAUAUUAUUAAUAUUAUAUUAUUAAUAUUAUAUUAUUAAAAUUGUUGUAAUAAUAAUCUAUAUGUAUAUGCAUGUAAUAUAUAUAAUAUGUAUCAGAAUGAAAAUUUUGAUAUACAAACGAGAAUAUGCAAUAUUUAUUUUUAUAUAAAUUUGAAUGAAUGAAUUUCAUAAAUGAACAAUUCAAAAAAUCACGUCUGAAUAUGUUAUAUUAAAUAACUAUUAAUAUUUAAUGUAAUAUUUUACAUUUAAAUAAGUAACUAUCGUUUGAAUGUAAAAAAUUCUGUACAUUGAAAGUAAUAAGUAAUAAAAGUACAUUUUGGUCUUGUUUUACAUGGAUUUUUUUAUUCAUGGAUAGCUUUAUUUAUAUUUAGUUACAUGAUAUAAUAUGGUUAUGUCUUAUCAGCUAUACGGUUUUCUUUUACAAUUUUGUUACACGAUAAAAACGAUACAAUUAAAAAUAAUAAUUAAAACAUAAUUAAGAAUUAAUUAAAUAAUGUCGAUAAAGAUAUUUUUAUUCACUUCAUUGUAAAUAAUUAAUGUUUGCAUGAUUUCAAAGUAAAUUUAAAAAAUUAUAUGACAAAAUAGAUUUAAAAAAUUAUAUGACUUAUUAUUAAGAGUUAAAAAAAAUAAAAGUGGCACGAAACAAUAAAAGACACCUGGAGCGACAAUUAUUAUUGUUAUUCUAGUAAAAAGAAAAUUGAUUGUAUUAUAAGAAGCAACGUAUGAAAUUUGAAUUUCUUAAAAAAAUAUUAAUUUCUUUGAUUCAUCAAUUUUUUUUACAUGAUUUCAUUUUACAUGGUGUAGAUUUACUACAUAAACGAGACCUAGAUAUAUAAUAUCUGAACAUAUUAAAUUUAGUUAGUUAAGUAACGUUAGCAUAUAAACAAAAAAUAUUUAUCGAGAACUUAAUAAUAAUUAUAUUAUUUAAUAUAGUUAUAUAUUAUAAUAUAUAUAAUUAUAUAGUAUAAUUAUAUAUUAUUAUAUAUAUCUUAGUCAAUGAUAUAUAUUAUCAAAAUUUUUUUUAUUUGUACCAAAAAUUAAUAAUAAAAACAUUUUUAAAUUGUAUACUUUUAUUAUAUAAAAUUUGAAAUACAGAAAAUUUUAUGGUAUUCAAAUAAAUACAUUUUGAUAUUUGUAAAGUGCAAUUAAAAUUGGUCUUGAAUAUUAUACUAUAUUUAUUUAUUAAAAAUUAAUUCCACAUAUGAAAUUGUGUAUUUAUUUAGAUAUUAUAAAAUAAUUAAUUUUUAUAUUUUUGAUAUAAUUAUUUUUUUCAACUUUUUAAUAAAUUUUAUAAAAAUGUACAUAUAUUUAUAUUGGUUGAAAAUAUAAUCCUCAUUAUAAUUUGAAUAGAAACUAUUAGCCACAUGUAAUAACAUAAUAGAACAUUAAAAUAAUUUAUUUAAACAUACGUAGAAAUAGUAAAAUUUUUAAUUUUAUAAAAUCUUGAAUUAUAAAACAUCAUUAAAUCUUUUUAAUAAAAUUUUAUUUAUUGUUUCUAUGCACUUUAUAUAACGUUUAAAUUGUAAUAAAUUUGUAUUAUUAACAAAACUAAUACAAUUUUACAUAAUAUAAAUCAAUAUAAAAAUCAUUUUAUUUUUUAAAUAUAUAUUAAUCAAUAUAUUUUACAUUCCUGGUUAUUUUCAUGAAUUACCAAUACAUUUUUAAAAGAUAUAACGUGUAAGAUUAUAAAUAAUCUUUAAAAUUUAAAUAUUUAAUUUGAUUUUCUUAAAUUUAUAAAUACAGUGGUAUUCAAAAGUUUCCUGCGAAGUAAAUUUUUUAGUAUGUAUAUCAAAAAUAUUUUAAAAAUUUUUAAUUAAUCUCAGAUACAUAGUUAUAAAUAUAAAAAAUAAAUAUUUUAUUUUAUGCAACAAAUAAACAAUUUGUUAUUUUGUGUCAAAGAUUUCUAAUCAUUUCGUUUUAUAAUAUUUUAAUUUAUUGUGUAAUUAUGUUGUAAUUUAUAUUGUAAAUUAUUACUAAUAUUUUGUAAUUAUAUUUUUUCUAAUAAUAACAAUAUUGCAAAAUAUGAGUUAUUCAUACUACAACUAUUACAUUUUAGAAUAAAAUACAGAUUUUUGUAGAACAAAAUAACUGAGACUUUUAAAUAGUAUUUUAUAAUUUUUAGUAUUUAUAAUACUAAACUUACUAUACUUUUGUACAGUAAUUUUAUAAAUUAAUAAAUGAAUGAAAAAUAACAAUACUCUACCUAAUUUCUAAUAUUAAUAAUAAUUCUUUAGAUAUUGCUUUUAAAAUAAACUGUAAAAAAUUUAUCUGAAAACUUUUGCAUGCCAUUGUAAGCAUAUUACUAUAUACUAAGAUCACAUGCAUUAUUUGUUAAAGGCAAAAAUAUUUUAAGGACACGAGUGUUCUAAAUUUUUUAUUUCUUUUUAUCAAAUUUAGCUAAUUCAUAAGUAAUUUUUUACAUUGUACAAUUUGGAAAUAAAUAAAGAAAUAUUAUACAUAGUAUACCUCAUUAUGUUUAGAAUUAAUUCAUUUCAGACUUGGAUUAUUUUUUAACAUAAUUAUUGAUAUAUAUAAUUUAACUAUUUACGAACUAUUCACGAGAUACAUACAAAUAUUGCUUUAAUUAAAAAAGCUUUAAUAUAAAAAGUAAGUACAUUCUAUGUUAUUUAUAAAAUUGAAUAUUUUUAUAUAAUUUAUAGUUUGAAUAUCCUUUACAUAGAAAAUUAUAUUCUAUUGUAUUAUAUUAUGUUAUGUUAUGUUAUAUUAUAUUAUAUUAUAUUAACAAUAUUAAUAGAUCACUCAUGUCCAAAAAAUUUAGAUAUAAGUAAUAUAUACAAUAUUUUAAUUGUUUGAUAUAAAUUAUUUUAGUACUAAAAUAGUACUAAUUAAUACAAAUCAA